AUGGCCCCCAUACGCAACCACGCGAAUGGUGUCUCGGACGGAGCAUACACCAGAGGAUUGGUGUUCUCCGACCGCGGGAAGGCCCCCUCAAUCCGAUACUGGUGUUCAGUAUGCAAUGAGUCUGUCGCCCGCCUGAGCGACUUUCCACGCCACAUGCUCAAACACUCUGAUACAUGCAAAGUGUUCUGCAAGCUGUCCGGCUGUAGGCAAGUCGGCAGAGGCUUCAAGCAGGCACAUAACCUGGUGCAGCACCUGAAGACUGCACAUGGUCGUGAUAACAAGUUUAAGUGCCCACACGUCUGGGUCAACCGCGACGCCACCUACGAGCCCUGCUCCGUUGCCUACGGCGAUGCCGCGAGCCUGCGUCGUCAUCGCAGCGACGUCCAUGGCUUCGAGGACGGAGACGACGAGGCAGAUGCGCAGAAACCGACGUAUGAAGGGUCAGAACUCGCGAAGUCGAAGCACAAUCAACGCAAGAGCAGUGGGAAGAGGGCCGUAGUCGAGGGCACUAUCAUCGUCCUCCCUCCUGCCGACCCUGCCGACCGCCACGCCGACUGCAAGUACAUCGCAUGGGCUUCGGCGUCCGGCCACAUUGACAAUGCCCCAUCACCUAUGCCAUGUAUUGCCCAACUGGCGAAGAAGACGUCCAGCAAAGGCAAGCCACGACAGACGGCUCGGACGAGCGCUCCGUGCCCCCUUGCGGACCCCGAUUAUUCUGUCUCUGUGCAUCCCACCGCUGCAGGUUCGGGCGUCGGCAGUGUAACUUAUGGGCAACUCACAGGGCAGGCAUUCGUCCCGCAUUGCUCGAAGGAUCAAGACUGUGCACCUUCCUACGGCUCCUCCCCGAACGCUCCGCCCGCCGUCCAUGACGUCCACCACAGCCCGGAGCUGGUCAAGCCUGCCGCCAUAAGCUGGUCGUUCGCGCACCAGCCUCCGCACCUUGACUACCCCCCCACUGAUGGGUACAUACCGCCUCUCGACCUCAGCGGGGCGAUCAUUGAUCCGAGCGCGUUCGAAUUCCCCCCUCUGCCCCCACAGAACGUCCUUGAGCAGAUGCAGUGGGCAAAUCCAGCCUUGGCGCUGUUCCCCGAAUUGUUCGGUUCGCCUUCGGGGAGCUCAUCGGCAUCGUCAAUGUCGUCGCGCGCCUCGACGGCUUCUCCGGACUAUGGGAUGCCCGCGGGUCCACCGUAUUGGAUGCCAGAGUCCGGCGCAGGAAUGUCGACUGAAGGUUUUCGUUGGUGAUCUCCCGCGCCCGAGGCAAACGCAACGCUACGGCAUGUGGCCUGGGUCACCGUCUUCUCGACCUCUUUCUCUUGUCUGUCUCCUUUCCCUCGUACCUUUCAGCGUCUCCUUUCACGUCUCAGUCUCCUAUACAUCUCACAUCUCAC